AUGUCUUCCAAGUCGCAACAGACCUAUGGCGCUCGCGCCCAAUCCCACCCCAACCCUCUGGCGCGCAAGCUCUUCCAAGUCGCCGAGGAGAAGAAGAGUAACGUCACAGUGUCCGCGGACGUGACAACCACCAAGGAGCUCCUCGAUCUCGCCGACCGUCUGGGGCCCUACAUUGCCGUGAUCAAGACGCACAUCGACAUCCUCUCCGACUUCAGCCAAGCAACGAUCGACGGACUCAACGCCCUCGCCAGCAAGCACAACUUCCUGAUCUUCGAAGACCGCAAAUUCAUCGACAUCGGCAACACCGUCCAGAAGCAAUACCACCAAGGCACCCUCCGCAUCUCCGAAUGGGCCCACAUCAUCAACUGCUCCAUCCUUCCCGGCGAAGGCAUCGUCGAAGCCCUCGCCCAAACCGCCCAAGACCCCUCCUUCCCCUACGGCUCUGAGCGCGGUCUCCUCAUCCUCGCCGAAAUGACCUCCAAGGGCUCCCUCGCCACCGGCGCCUACACCUCGGCCUCUGUCGACAUCGCCCGCAAGUACCCCAGUUUCGUGCUGGGCUUUGUGUCGACCCGUUCGCUGGGCGAGGUUGAGGCGAGCGAGGCGUCUGCUCAGGACGAGGACUUUGUCGUCUUCACUACUGGUGUCAAUCUUUCUUCGAAGGGCGAUAAGCUCGGCCAGCAGUAUCAGACUCCGCAAUCGGCUGUUGGGCGGGGUGCCGAUUUCAUUAUCUCCGGUCGGGGUAUCUAUGCCGCGGCGGACCCGGUUGAUGCUGCCAAGCAGUACCAGCAGCAGGGCUGGGAGGCGUACUUGGCUCGUGUUUCGCAAUAG